AACACUAGCUAUCUAUGAUGGCCGUCGAUUGGCUGUCGGACGAGUGUAGGGCUUUUAUGUAAAUAAAUUUUGUGGAUAGCAGUUCACUCGAUGUUAGUAAGAAUUAAGUAAUAAUUCCUAAGCAUGGGAUCACGGGGCUGACAGUGAUAUAAUAGAAAGCAGUACCCGGCUUCGACUGAUCUCGCCCGCAGCGCCCCUCGGCCGGUGAAACAUGGCGCAGGUGGGCGCCAACAUGGAAUACCAGGAGUACAAGUGGGCCUACUCAAUCAUGGACUCCUCCAAAGUGUCAGCGUGCCUGAUCUCAAUGUUGCUGAUCGUCUACGGCAGCUUCCGCUCGCUGAACAUGGAGAGAGAGGCGAGGGAACGCGCGGAGCGCGAGCGAGAAGCGUCGCUUCUAGGAGGCACCAAACCCCCGCCCUGCCAGGCCAACAGUAACGUACAGACCCUCAACACGAUGCAGGCGCUGUGCUUCCCCCUGGGCUCGUCGGUGGCGUUGCUCGUCAUGUUCUUCUUCUUUGAUUCCAUGCAGACGCUCGUCGCCAUCUGCACUGCGAUAAUCGCUUGCGCGGCGCUAGCAUUCCUCCUGACGCCACUAUGUCAGUACGUGGCCGGCGGCACGGGCUCCCGCGCCGUCUGCGGCCGCUACUCCGCGCCCGAGCUGGCCGCAGCCUUUCUUGCCGCCGGGAUCGUGGCCGUCUGGGUGCUGACCGGCCACUGGCUGCUCAUGGACGCUAUGGGCAUGGGUCUGUGCGUGACCUUCAUCGCUUUAAUCCGCCUCCCGUCGCUGAAGGUGUCAACUUUACUACUCACGGGGCUGCUACUCUACGAUGUGUUCUGGGUGUUCUUUAGCUCUUACAUCUUCACUACCAAUGUUAUGGUCAAGGUUGCCACUAGGCCGGCGGAGAACCCCAUGAACGUGGUGGCGCGGCGCCUGCAGCUGGGCGGCGCCAUGCGCGACGCGCCCAAGCUGUCGCUCCCCGCCAAGCUCGUGUUCCCCUCCAUGCACCACCAGGGACACUUCUCCAUGCUCGGUCUGGGCGACAUCGUGAUGCCGGGCCUGCUGCUGUGCUUCGUGCUGCGCUACGACGCGUACAAGAAGGCCACGCUCGUGUGCCAGAUGGGGCAGGUGCCGGGACCCCGCUCCAUGGGUUCCCGACUGACGUACUUCCACUGCUCGCUGCUGGGCUACUUCCUGGGGCUGCUGACGGCCACGGUGUCGGCCGAGGUGUUCAAGGCCGCGCAGCCCGCGCUGCUGUACCUCGUGCCCUUCACGCUGCUGCCGCUGCUGACCAUGGCCUACGUGAAGGGCGACCUCCGGAGAAUGUGGAGCGAGCCGUUCAUCGCGCCCACCGGCAAGGGCGGCGCCGACUUCGACGUGUGACUGCCUCGCCGCCGCUCUAGCGGCUAGGACUCACCGCACACGCACCGCCGCUGACGGGUACCUCCCAUUCAUGAACAACUACUCUCGCUUAACUAUAUACAGAUGCUAUAGCGUGCAGGUGUACUGACUGGCGUCACGCACACGUUUUCACGUGUUAUCGUAAACGCCGCACGCCCCGCUCGAGUGUCCACUCAGUUCUACCGAUCUCUUCUUAUGGAUCUAGUAUCCGGUCGCUCGGGUUCGAACAUUGUUUUUGUCACCCUGUAUUUUCUGUUUAGAACGUUGGGUAUUAUGUGCUCGCUGUGAUACUCUGACGUACUUCUAGAAUCCUGAGCAUAGCGGGGGAUUCAAGCGACACCACCUUUAAUGAAAAUUAUAAUAAAUACUGUAAAAACACUUGUAAAAGUGUACUGUUAAAGCGAGAACCAAGUUUCAUGGUAACUGACUUGCCAAUGGGAAGGUGACCUAAAAUUUUAUCUAAAUAUAAUAAGUUUAUGCAAGAUUUGCUCUGUUCUUACUUGUGUGGACAGGCCGCAGUUGAGUAGCUCUCUUAUUUUUUAGGCUUUCAAUCAAUAAAGGACUCUAACUGCACUUUUGUAUAGCUCGUGUUGCGAGCUCGGGAAUCAGACGAACAAAUGUCAUCAUAUUAUCAAUUUUGAUUGUCAACAUUAUUUUACAAUGACUAUUUGUUUAUUUUUAUUUCUAAAAAUCUAUAAAAAAUAUAAUGAUAUUUCUAGAUGAAAUAUAUGAGAGGUAGCUAAUAUUUUAUUUGAAUGUUAAGGAGGCGUAAAGAAUUUUAGCGAUAACCAAGCAAAAAUCAUUCCACCACAUUUUUAUGAAACAAUUAUUUCCUUCUCACUUACUAGUGAAAAGGGCAUAGAUGCUACUGCGAAAGAGACAGAGGUGUUCUACAGUUGACUAAAAGCCUUAAAAAAAGUGGUUUAAUUAACUCCCCUCUCGCCACGCGAGCUGUGCCGCUCGGCUGUAUGAAGUGAAUUGAAGCGUUAACGUAAAGACAUAUUGUAAGGUGUAUGUUAGGCUAGAUGAUACGCUUUUUUCUAAUUAAUAAAUAAUUUUAGUCGAAGGGAAGUUACAGCACAGGGUAACUUUUAACAGCUCUUGUAAAGUAUGCUAAGGAACAAGACCAGUGCGUUUUAUUCGGUAUUAAGUUUAAUGCAUUUUUGUAUUUUAUUGUUCACUAAUUUAAUCUAAUACACUAGUGACAACUUGAGCCGCCUACUUUGGCAGUUUUUAUUGUGUAAUUGGCGUUUAAUAAGAUAAAUGAAGGUGCCAAUGUUAAUUUCCGAAUGUAGAAAUGUAUGAGCGUAUUUGAGCUCGUCGAAAGUAUAUUUUGUGGAACAAUGUUGUUACCUUCAUAAAAGGUACAAGUCGAUUUACGAAAGCUGGCACGAAUGGAAAGAACGAAACUUUCAUUGUAUGAGUGACUCCUGUAUCGUAUCGGUAUACAGUCAGAGCCACCAUUUUAUUGGUUAAUGUGAUACCCACAUAGAUAUUUUCAAUCACUCGUUCAUUCCAUUCGUGCCAGCUUUCGUGAAUUGGACUUGUACAUAUUUCGGAGCAGACUCGGUCGCCAUACUGGCUACAUGAACAAUCAGUUUCUUCCCAGUGUAUUUUAUAAUUAUAUGUAUUAUAUUCAGAGCCCUUCAAUUAUAUGCGUAAACAUAUGACAUAAGGCCUGCGAUACACUCGUAUGUUUUACUUACGUAAGUAGAGACAAAGCUAUUUGUUAGAAUGGGAUAACGAUAUUCAUCUCUCAUUCUGUAGUAUAACUAUGUCCCUACCAACGUAAGUGAAUUCCAAGUAUAAUAUCUUGGGCCUAAGAAUAUGCCAACGUUACGCUUAUAGUAAGGAACAAAUCGCAUGUCACAUUUCAACCUUUUUUUAUUCAUUUUCAUUCAUAUUUCAUCUGAACUUAGUGUACAUACAACGAUAUGAUGACAUCACAAUACUCACGGAGAAGCAAUUUGCAGGGUUUUUUUAAUCGCCUUUUUAUAAAUACUGUAAUGUCACAAGCUACUUGCAAUGCAUCUACUAUUAUUAGGACGGCAACUUUCGUGGGCGAGGGAUGUUACAAAGCCAAGGGUGCCAAAAUAAUACGAAGAAAAAACGCCAAAAAACUUGCCCGGGGGGGUUGUCAUAUCUACUCAGUUUAAGUAAAAUUAUAGGAUUGCACGUGUAGGCAAAGAUCUCUAAGAAUCUCUUUAAGCUACUGUCGAUAUGAUAUUUUGAUAUGUGUUACGAAUGUGUUGGUUGGGAUCUUUAAAUUAAUGUAUAUCAGAGCAUACGGUUUUGUUGCUGAUGUUAACUUAGUCAUCUUGUAACCGCCAAGUCAUCAUUUUGGUUAUCUUAUAUAUGAUCAAACUAUGUUGUCACUGCCUUAGACUGAUGUUUCCAAUAAAGAUUUAGAAUUUCUAUAUGUUAUGGGAGUUAGUUGGAUGUAGGUGUAAGCUAUGUCUAAUGUUGUUAUUAUUCACACAACUGUAUUGUUGUUGUAAAUUAUUUGAUUGAAUUUAAUGAAUGAUGUUAUGUAAGACACUACAUCAUAAGAUUCAUAUUAUGAUAAUGAAUUAUAUACUUGGUAUGUGUGAUUUGAUUUUUGAUUAACUAUUCAUUUACA